CCGCGGUUUGCACCUGGGACCCCCCGCCUCGGGGCUGCUGCAUGGGGCUGCUGGGGCGGCGGACGCUGCCGCAGGCCUGGUUGGGGCGUCGGAAGGGUUCGAGACGCGAUGUUGUGUUUUAUACAAAUUGAAGGCAAGACCCUUCAAGCAAAAGGAUUACAAACUUGCUUUAUUGCCAUAUUCAUUUUAUUGCUGUCACCUGGAACUGAACCUACACUAGCUCAAGUUUAUAGGAAGCUGAGGACUUAAGGAAAUUCGGACUUAGGGGCGUGUCAAUGGCCCUGGGAGAAGAAAAGGCAGAGGUGGAGGCAUCCACGAACACAAAGGCCCCAUCCUGUGGGAGGUGGAGCUGCAGGGAGCAGGAGGUGGACACCUCAGGGCCUGUGAGUGAGGAGCAGCCACCAUGCCUGGAAGUUGAAGGAGGGCCUGCCUCCCCUGUGUUGGGGGCAGAGGGCCUUCCUGCCCCUGCCUGCCACCCCUCUGGAGCCUGCCAGUCAUGGUCCAGCAACACCAGCAGGGAGCCGGUAGCUGGUACAUCUCAGCCUGCUCUCAGUUGCCUGCUUCCUCCUGCCAGUGUGGGGACUGGAGAUCUGCAUUCUGUGGAAAGCCAGAUGGAAGACACCAGGCUUUCUCUGUCAGAGGAACUACCUCAGACUGUCACUGUUCCCAGAGCCACAGCUCUUUGCUCAGGACAUGAUGCUGAUACCGAAGAUGAGCCAUCCCCAGUUGAGUCUCCGCGGGUGCUGGACCUCAGCCAACAGCGUCACAUCUCAGGUUUCCCUUUCUCGUCAAAGUGGAGGUCCAUGGGGAGCCCAGGUGCCACUGCUCCUCCAUUUUCCGGCUGCAGUGUCUCUGCCUCAUCCCCUGGCAGCAGUUUCCAGAGUCACCAAGAGAAGGUGGAGCCUUCAAGUUGCUCUCUUGCCAAGGUCUCAUCCUCCCUGGAGCUGGUCGGCCCCCAGUCGGCCCCCUCUGUGGUGGGACCUGGGCCUCAGCUCCAGUGGUCUCCACAGCCUGUGUCCUCUGGGGGUGAUGCUCCUGGGCUGGGCAGGAGGCGCCUCUCCUUCCAAGCUGAGUACUGGGCCUGUGUGUUGCCAGAUUCCCUGCCACCGUCCCCUGACCGCCACUCCCCGCUGUGGAACCCGAAUAAAGAGUACGAAGACCUGCUGGACUAUACUUACCCACUUAGGCCCAGGCCUCGGCUCCCAAAGCACCUUGACAGCCAGGUGUUGGCUGACCCUGUCCUGCAGGACUCAGGUAUAGACCUGGAUAGUUUUUCUGUCUCCCCAGCAAGCACGCUAAAGUCACCCACUAAUGUUUCCCACAGUUGCCCACCAGCAGAGGCCACUGCCCUGCCAUUCUCCGGGCCCAUAGAGCCAAGCCUUAAACGGUGGCACUCUGGAGUACCCCAGGAGCAGGGCAGUGUGGGGUUGGCCUCUUGUAGCCAGCUCAUAUCUACUCCCAGGGCCAAAGGCAGUAAAGACACCCCUUGGGAAAGUAGAGAGCCACCCUUGAGGGACGUGAAGGACUGGCGGCCUGUGGGCAAGCACCUCGAGGUAGGCCCUCCCCAGCUGAGGACAUGGGACAGAGGAUGGUCCUCAUCCGGGCCAGAAAGAGAGAAGUGGGCAAGCCAAGGCAGCCAGCGCCCUGCCUGCAUGGAGUCUGGGUGGAAACCAGAAGAAGAGUUGGAAAGUGACGAUGAGUACCUUGCCCUGCCCACUCGGCUAACGCAAGUUUCUAGCUUGGCUUCAUACCUAGGUUCCAUUCCCACUUUGGUGACCCUGCCUGCUGGGGCUGCUGAAGGGCAGAGCUCCGUGGAUGUGUCAGACAGUGAUGUGCCCACUUCACUCCCGUCGGACUCUAGCCAAAGCCAGCUUCCAUCUGGAGCUGCCCUCAGAAGGUCUGGGGGGCUUGAGAGGCAGAACCAUUGUUUGCUACGCUCCUUUCUCUGUGCAAGGGACUCUGCAGGGGACGGCAGUCUGGGGAGCAACCAGGCACUGGGGGUCUCCUCUGGACCUCUGAGAACACGCUCCUCUUUGCCAGUUAUUUUGGACCAGCAGGCAUUCUCGGACCCAGAUCCCAAAGGGCAGCCUCUUGGGAGAGGAAGAGAGCAGGGAAAAGAAUCACUCGUGCAGUGUGUGAAGACAUUUUGCUGUCAGCUAGACGAGCUGAUCCACUGGCUGUAUAACAUAGCAGAUGUUACCGACCACUUGACUCCACCCAAGUCCAGCCUUACAGGUCUCAAGUCUUCUCUGCAGCUUUACCGGCAAUUUAAGAAAGAUAUAGAUGAACACCAGUCCUUGGCGGAGAAUGUCUUACAGAAAGGGGAGAUUCUUCUUCAGUGCCUGUUGGAUAACACCCCAGUGUUAAAGGAUGUCCUCAGGAGGAUCUCAAAGCAGCCCAGCGAGCUGGAGAGCCACGCAGAUCACCUGUAUGACUCUAUCUUAGCCUCUGUGGACAUGUUGGCUGGUUGCACCCUCAUCCCUGACAACAUACCAAUGGCACCUCGGAGUGUUGACAUGACUGGGAUUAGCCUGGCAUCUUCUCAGGCAGACAUGUAAUCUGUCUCCUAAAACCUGGCUGGUGGGAAACUUGCAGGAAGUCCUAGUAAGAGCCAUUUAACAUUAAUUCAAGGGGGAAACUUAACCCUAAUGUACUAGCUUUAAACUGUCUUUCUCUUCCUUGAGUAAGGGACUAUUCAGUUACUAUUUUUAUUUAAAAUGAGUAAUUCCAAAUUAAGGUGUUCUUUUGGUGCUUCUCUGCAAAGAGCAUGUGGCUUUGCAGUCUUUGAUAAAAUAAUGUUAAUGGGCUUACAGGUCUUUCCUCCCCCUCUAUUCAGUUAAAAAGAGCAGGCAGAGCACCUAACCUAGUCCACGUGCUGGGAUCAUGUAAAGAAAGCUGGUAUGAGAAAGAAGGUGCCAAACAUUCAGUACUAUACUCUCAGGUGUACAAGAGGACAGUAAGAGACUAGAAGAGUGAAUGGUUAGCCAGGAACUUGGGUCUUUUCUAAAAUGAAGCUUAGGUUUAUAAAUCCCACUUUGAAGAUUUUAGAAGAGAUUUUAACUCUCCAAAUUCAUACAAAAUUCUGAACCAGUAGAACCUCUACAAAUUAGUUUGGGCUGUUAGGGCACCUUUUAUCAUCUUCGUGGAGCCAACUGCCUGCCUAACUAAUAACUUAAAGAAAAUGUGUCAGGGACUUCAGGAACUGCCAUUGAGCUUCAGCAAGGCUAUGAACUAAUGAUCCACCUUAAGGGUACCUACUCUCCUGUAGAAGAGUAGUCCAAGGUCAGGGAAGGGCACAGUUGUAUCACACAGCCUGGUUAACUACAGAAACUAAGGCUAUCAAUAGUGAAGGAAAAGGAAAUUUUUGUUGUUUGGGAGUCAACACUUAAGUACUUUGAUAGAAAUAAAUCUGCCGAUUAACCAUUUAAAGCAUCAAUUCUAUAGCUUUUUAAAGCAAAAUGAUCACCUGUGCUGGUAACCACAGAUUAUGCCAAAACAAAAAUUACUUUGUUUUUUCUUUGCCAUGAAGGAACAAAGUACAUUUCCCCUCAUAUAUUUUUAGUAUUAUAGUGGGCUAAAACUUAAGGAAAGGGUUCUUCAUAUAUAUGAGAUAAGCACUUAAAGAUCUUUUUCAAACUCCUUCCAUAUUCUCAUUUGAGGAAAGUGCUUUAAAAGGAAGAUCUUUUAAAUAUGUUUAUAAAGAUUGAACAAGUCAUCCCGAACCAAAAGGUGAUGUUGGAAUAAUUACUCUCAUAAGCAGACUUUUGAUAUCCUCUCAGAACAAAACAAACAUUUAAUACCAAAUUACUUUAAAUGAAGUUUAGGACUUUUGUUUUAGGGGUUGAGCCACAUAAUCUAUCUAUCUUUUUUUUAUCCUCACCCGAGGACAUUUUUCCAUUUUUUGUUCAGAUAGAGUGGGAGGGGGAGAGAGAGAGAAACAUUGAUGUGAA